GCCAGCAGCUGGCAUCCCUCGGGCCCCUGGGGAAGAAAGCAGCCCCUCCCAGUCCUCAGGGUGCGCUGCCCCCCACCCCGGCCUGCUUCUCACUCAGGCUCGGGUCUGUUGGCCUUGGGGACCUGGGAGGUGCGCAUGAAGCAGGUGCUCACUCCGCGGGGGGUGGGCCCCAGGUUUGCAGCAGGAGCUCACCCAGGACCCACUGCGGGGAGCACCGUGCUGCAGGCACAGCCCCUGGGCCACCCGGCAGCCACACCCACGGGGCUCAGAAUCCCCAGGGGUCUCAGUCGGCUGCCGGCCACGAUGCACCCUCGGCUUCCUCCAUUUUCUGCUCAGCCCUGGUUCAAGACCGAAAAGAAGUUGAACAAGGAAGCUGAUGGCUCAAAGAAAAGCGGAAGUGGGGCCACAGCCUGCAGUCGUGCAGGAGCCCGGUACGGCUGCGGGAGCCGCCUGUGUGGGAGGAAUGACCCCGCGGGGCCGGGCCAUGGGGCUGCCGUCAGCUCUGCUGCUUCUCUGGGUCCCAGGCUGUUUCUGUCUGAGCGGCCCCAGCACUGUGAGCGGCACCGAGGGGGGAUCCCUGAGCGUGCAGUGCCGGUACCAGGAAGAACACAGGACGCGGGCCAAAUUCUGGUGCAGUCACCCGUGUUUGCCAGAACAGGAGAUCGUGAAGACAAAACUGCCAGAGGUAGAAGCGCGGAGCGGCCGAGUGUCCAUCAGGGACCAUCCUGCAAACCUCACCUUCACCGUGACCUUGGAGAACCUCAGCAUCGAGGACGCGGGCACAUACCAGUGUGGGGUGGAUGAGCCAUGGAAGCGGGACACCUUCUUCCUGGUGACGGUGUGCGUGUCCCCAGCACCGACGACGUCACCAACACCUGCAGGUGUCACUGCAGCCAAGACUGUGACCACCACAGCGCAGGUUUCAGCUGUGUCGUCCACCACGCUGGCCCCUGUCACAACAAGCAGCCAGGAGGACUCCCAGUGGGGCCCCGGCCCCGGGCUCCCCGUGACGCUCUCCUUGUUAGCGCUGUUGCUGCUUCUCUUGGCGGGCACCUCGCUGCUGGCCUGGAGGAUACUUCGGAGACCCUGUCAAAGGGCGGUGCAGCAGAUGCCCUGGUGGCGUCCAGGUCCCUGUGGCCAGCAUUCAGAGCCACCCCAGAGCACCGGGCAGGUGGUUGUGCAGAGUGAGCCCUACUAUGCGAAUCUGGAGCUGCAGCCACAGCGCCUGCGGGAGGAGCCGCGCCCACCAGGCCGGCAGGAGGUGGAAUACAGCACCGUGGCCGCCCCCAGGGAAGAACCUCACUACUCCUUGGUGACGUUUGACGGACAGCUUGAGGAUUCCAGCAUCAGCAGGACGCCCGCCCAGAUGGGCUCCAAGCAGGAGCCCGAGUACAGCGUGGUUAGGAAGCCCAAGGGCGGCUCCUGAGCAGACCCCGCCCCCCGCAGCCCCCUCCCCACCAUGGCGACUGACAGGCACCUGGACUCCCAGGUGACUCCGGGCAGGAUGAGCAGGGCUGGGGUUCUGGGGGCCAGCAGGAAGCCCCCGCCGGCCUCUUCCUCCUGACCCCUGCUUCCUUCAGCUCCUCCCCACUGUGGCUCCAGGGGGUGACAGCUCCUGCAGAGCAGCACCCGCAAAGAGUAUCGUCACUCGCAGCUCCGCAGACACGGCCGGGGCUGCCGCGAGUGGGGACGCCGGGCAAGGUUGGAAGGAGAACGCAGAGAAAGAGGCUCGUCCGCACACUGCGGGACACGGGGACACCAAAGAGCCACUGCCGUCCCAUCUCACACAAGAAAACUGAGGCCCAGAGAGAGAAGGACCUUGCCCAUGGUCCCUGAAAGGAGGCCUUUUCCUCCGGACUCCUAGACAGCUUCAGCAGUUCUAUUUUAGUAGAAGAGACAUAGACAGGGGCCGGCGCUGUGGCGUCGCGGGUAAAGCUGCCGCCUGCAGUGCCGGCAUCCCAUGUGGGCGCCUGUUCAUGUCCCGGCUGCUCCACUUCCGAUCCAGCUCCCUGCUAAUGCACCUGGGAAAGCAGUGGAAGAUGCCCAAGUGCUUGGGACCCUGCACCCAUGUGGGAGACCUAGAAGAAGCUCCUGGCUCCCAGCUUCAGCCUGGCCCAGCCCUGGCCAUGGGGGCCAUCUGGGGAGUGAACCAGUGGUUGGAAGACCUCUCCCUCCCUCCUUCUCUCCCUCUUUCUAUAAAACUCUUUCCAAAUAAAAAUUUUUUUUUUAAAAAUAGGUAC